UGUAGCUGCCCUUACUUCUGGAAGCCUUCUGGGCCCUACAAGUCUGAGUUAGUAGGACCCAGUUGUUCUCCACUCCUCUCCCAGCACAAAAGCCCGGCUGUAUGGCACGAGCCAGUGGGUCUGGCCCGUUAAUGAGCACUUAGAGGCAGACGGGGCGCAGGCUCCUCCCUGGCAUCUGUCCAAUGAGCGGACGCCAACUCGGAUACCGCCCAAAGGACUCACGCAUCCCAGCAACCGCACCAAUCUCCCAGGCCUCCCGUCCCCACGCCCCUGGCUUCCUCGGCGGCUUGGCCCUCCCACCCCACGCGCCAGCCUGCCGGCCGGCGCGCCUAUCUUCUAGGCCUCCAGCUCGCGGCCUACGCAGGCAGCCCAUGGCUGCCGCCAUCUUGCCCACUAGGAGUUCCCAAAUGGGGCUGGGGCUCCUGAGCGCUGCACUGCUGUUCGUGGGGAGCGCUCUCCCCGACUUGGGACUCCACUCACUCCCCCGAAGGACUGGGCGCAGCUCCUGGUGGGAGCAGGCCGGUGCCCCUGGGUGGCGGGAGGCCACGCAAGGAGGGCGGAAGGCGCUCCAGGCCCCGAAGGAAGCGGGGGCCACAGAGGAUUGUGGGACAGCACCGCUUGCAGAUGUAUUGGAAGGGUCCAGGAUAGUAGGGGGCACAGCAGCUCAAACUGGCGCAUGGCCAUGGGUAGUUAGCCUGCAGAUUCAAUCAGGCAAAAUUCUUGCUCAUAUAUGUGGGGGAAGCUUAGUGAAAAGUAAGUGGGUCCUCACAGCUGCCCACUGCACUAAGGACACUAGAGAUCCUUUAAUGUGGAGAGCUGUGAUUGGAACUAAUAAUAUAAAAGGGUAUCAUCAUCCACACUCCAAGAAGAUAAAAGUUAAAGCAAUCAUUAUCCAUCCAGACUUCAAUUUGGAAAAUUACGUAAAUGAUAUUGCACUAUUUCACUUAAAAAAAGCAGUGAAAUAUACUGAGUAUAUUCAGCCUAUUUGUCUGCCUUUUGAUGUUUUCCAAAAACUGGACCAAAACACAAAGUGUUUUAUAAGUGGCUGGGGAAGAACAGAAGAAGAAGGUAAUGCUACAGAUGUGUUACAGGAAGCGGAAGUGCAUUAUAUCUCUCGAAAGAUUUGUGGCUCUGAAUGGAGUUAUGGGAAAAUGAUUCCUGACACUUCAUUUUGUGCAGGUCAUGAAGAUGGGAUUUUUGAUACUUGCAGGGGUGAUAGUGGUGGACCGUUAAUGUGCUACUUACCAGAACAUAAACGAUUUUUUGUAAUGGGAAUUACCAGUUACGGAUAUGGCUGUGGUCGAAAAAAUUUUCCUGGUGUCUACUGUGGGCCAUCCUUCUACCAAAAGUGGCUGACAGAUCACCUCUACCAGGCAAGCAAUAAAGGCAUAUUUAACAUAAAUAUUCUACUUGGACAGGUCCUUGUAGCCUCAGGUUCUGUUGUGUUACUAGCAAUUCCAUAAUGAAAUUCUGAAGAAUCUUUAUUUUGCAUUUUGUCCCUCUCCAUGUACUAUAUAAUGAAUAUCACUUAUUCUUUUGGCAAGUAAUUGCCCAUUUUACAGUUCUCAUGUGAAUAUUUUUGGAACAAAAGGAUUGUGAUAUAUUAAAUAUGUAAUUAUAAAUUUGGCACUGAAUCACAUGCUUCUUUGAUGUAUUCUGAUUAUUUUUUUAUGUUAUAAUCAUAAUUUCACAUUUGGAAUACUUUCCUAGAGUUUGUACAGAAUUUUCA